AUGUUCCCUUACCAAUCAGCCACGCCUGAGACCGGUUACUACCCAUACAACUGGGGAGAGCUCGGGGACAGUAAUCCCCUCCCCCAGGAAUAUGUUCCUCCCUACUUGCGAACCGCCGCCACGGACACUCUCCCUAGAGCUGAUGUAGUCCUGAGGGCAUCCGCCUCCAUUUUCAACACUGCCGCAGCCAUGGCCUGGGAGCUGGACAUUGUUCCUGUGGAUGACAAGCCCCAGGAACCAGCCGCCGACGCGCCCAACAAUACUCCGGUCAAGCCCACUAACUUUAGAGGUAAAAAGCAUCAGAAGACAAUCCUCCACCUGCGCAACAGGACCAAGGCCAAGGCCACUACUUCUGGGGGUAAAAAGGGUCAGGAAUCAGCCCCUGAGAAUGAAAAGAAAAAAGAACCACGCCAUACCGCCGAAAACCCUGCCUGGGCCCUGGCCGCCAUCUUUAGACGUUGUAGGUAUCAAAAAGCAUACACAGGCAAGGACUUUCUGCAAGUCAACGCACCUCUCCACCCUGACGCCUUCGGGUCCAACAUGCCCGCCCAAUCCCCUGCAGAACCGCCGCCGUCGCCCGCCGACGCGAGCUUCGGAAGCCUCCUGUCCAUGAUGUGCGAUGAUGGAUCUGCUCAGAGAGCUGCAUCACACGCGAACUCGCUACACGCCGGCGCCGACGAAUUCAAAUACACACACACCCCCCACCGAGUCGGAGUCAACCUCCGCUCGCUGCCCGUUGUAUCCCAAGAGCUCCCCGCGAGCGACAACCGCGGGAAAUACAUCAUACUUCACAAACGCGACAUCAUCAACAAAGUAGACGAAAUCCUCAAUCAAUGGGGGGUUUGUAUUGAUCGAUGUGUCCAGCUCUGCGGACGCAAACGCGCCCUCUACCUCAUGGAGCGUCCGAUCCCAACAGUCUUGAUCACGAUGAAGCCCGACGACGUGAGCCCCAACACACUUUAUCUCGCACUGCAUGAUAUAGUCAUCAAGGCCCGUGAAGAAUUCCGCCUCCGCGACAUCGCUGUCGAGGUCAUACACCCGGCACUUGAGGACCCAGCAGAGCACCCAGUCCCCGUACGGGGCUUGGACCCGGAUCCCAAAUACCGAAACAAGCCCCUGGACUGGAGAUGCGGCUCGAGGAUAGCACCGCCGCUUGGGCUUCUGGAGGAGUUGCUUGCACUCAACAUGUAUUGCUGGAAUCCGUAUACCUGGGAACUGAUCUACGUUCCGCAAUCGGAACGCCUGUUGCUCAAUUAG